AUGCGUCACAAUCAUCCUGUAACAACAGAACUGGCUGAAACCUAUCCUGAAAAUCGUCGUUUAACCGAAGACGAAAAACUGGAGAUAACAGAUUUCCUUCAAUCUGCUCCCGAUAACCUAACUGUGAAGGAACACAUCGAACGUAAAUUCGGAAAACCCUGUACACUUAAUGAUGUUCGCCAAAUGAAGUACCGAUUGCGGAAGCUUCAGAAGACCAGCAGUGCUAAUCAUGAGUCCGUCAAAUUCGACCCGUCACGACACGAUGACCAGGAGGCUGAAUUUGAACUGGAGCCAGUAACAGAGGUGCCCGACUGGGCGGUUCAGUCAAAGGACCAAAGGCUCUCUCAGUUCGAGCCUUUUUCGCACCAAUUAACAGAUCUCGUGUGCUCCGCCGAUCCAGACGUCUUUUGCGAGCGUCUUAAUUUCAUUAAGGAGCUUACACAGGCGUGGCGGAGCGGUAAACAGCCAAUGCUGACGUACAGUGAGUCCAUGCUGAAGAGCGAGUCGUGCGAGAGCCCUGUUGACACAGAAGUAGUCACCUCUGAUCCUCCCUUCCCUUACACUAGACCCAGUAAAACGUACAUGCCAUUCACUUACUGA